CACUACUAUUUAAUAAUUUAAUAUGUUGAAUGUUACUUUUUAAAAAUACUCGAAAUACCAAAAUACAAUGCUACGAUAAUAAUAAUAUAUUAUGGUGUUUAAGUACAUAAGAAAAUUAUGAAAAUGACUAUUUACAAGUAUAAUACUAUAGAAAAUAUGUUUAAUAAAAAGCGAACUAUUCUAUAUUUCGGUUUUUUUAUUUUAUUCAUUUUAUGGGUAAUAACUAUUAAAAGACGAGGUGUCUAUGAAAUCACAAAGUUAAAUGAAUAUAUAUGUAUGUAUUUUUGUAAAGUAAAAAAAUUGAGCAUUGUAAUAGAAUAUCCAAGCAAUGUGUAUAAUGCCCAUACAUUUUGAACAAGAUGCAGCACAGUAUCAAGCGUUAAAGGAAAUUUUAGAUCAAACACAACUUAAGCUUAAAAUAAAAUCUAGUAACUAUAAUGCUUUGAAAGUAAAAUUUGAAAGUAUUUGUGAUAAAUGGAAUCCAACUGAUCCUAUAAUAUAUGCAAUUACACCAACAUAUAAAAGACCUGUUCAAAAAGCAGAAUUAACUAGAUUAUCUAAUACAUUUCGACUAAUUAAUAAUUUUCAUUGGAUUAUCGUUGAAGAUGCUGAAACUAAGUCAACAUUAGUAGCUGAUUUACUUUUAAAAAGUCAUUUGAAUUAUACUCAUUUAUCAAUUGCAACUCCAGUAGAAUGGAAGAGAAAACUUAAAGAACCAAAAUGGAAAAAACCUAGAGGAGUAAAGCAAAGAAAUUUGGCAUUAGAGUGGUUAAGAGAACGGAGAAAUAGAAAAAAUUAUAAUGGAAUUGUUUAUUUUGCUGAUGAUGAUAAUACAUAUAGUGUUGAUUUAUUUAAUGAGAUACGUUUAGUUAAAGGUGUUGGUGUUUGGCCAGUUGGUUUAGUUGGCGGUCUAUUGGUUGAAAAACCACUGAUUGAUAUAAAUAAUAAAGUAAUUGGAUGGAAUAGUGCAUGGAGACCUGAACGGCCUUUUCCUGUUGAUAUGGCAGGUUUUGCUAUCAAUAUAAAAUUACUUCUUAGUUAUCCCAAAGUAUUAUUUUCGUGGUCUGUAAGUCGGGGUUAUCAAGAAAGUGCUAUAUUAUCACAAGUAAUUACAAAAGAAAAACUUGAACCUUUAGCUGAUAAUUGCACUAAGGUAUAUGUCUGGCAUACAAGAACUGAAGAACCAAUAUUAAAAGCUGAAGAAAAAUUGAGGAAUCAAGGAUUACGAUCAGACAUGAAUAUUGAAGUUUGAUAAGUGAUAUUUUUACUAAGUUUUCACGAUUUAUAACUUUAAAAAGUGAAAUAUUUUUUUAUAAAACAUUUUUCUUUUGACACAAAAAAAAAAGUUUGUUCUAUUUAAAUCCACUUAAAAUAAAUUCAAUUUAAGAUGAGUGAAACUAAACGUUUUUUAACUUUCAAAUUAAAACUAUUUGUUAAUAAAUACGUUUUUUUUUUAGUUGUAUUAUGUAUUUGUUUUAUGCGUAGCACUUUAUAUUUUUCAUUAUGUUACCAUGAAUAUUCAUACUUAUAUAUUUUUUGUUUUCUUAUAGUGUAUGUAAUGUGUGGAUUCAAAAAACACAUUUGAUAAAAAGUGUUUAAAGAUAUUUGUGAUUAUUCUAAACCAUAUGCAUUUUUUACUUUUAUACUAAUUUAUAUGUUUUUAGUUCAAGUAAAUACUAUUAUACUAUAAUAAGAUCUAAUUGUUUACUUUUUUAUUAUAUUUUAGAUGCUGUUAAAAAAAUUAACUAUUUUUUAAUUUUUAAAAUUUCAUAGGAUAUAUUUUCCUACAAAUAGUUGAAAUAAUACAUAUUUGAAUUUAAACUUUAUUUUCACAUUUCUAGUAUAUUUAGUUGAAAAUUCUUGUGAUAUUUUUUUAUUGAAAUAUAAUAUGAACAGUUAUUACUUAAUAUUUUGUGAUUAAAUAUUUUUAUA